GUCCCUCAGAAUGUCCAUUCUCCGGACGAAUGCGUCGACUACUCCGACUACACCUUUGUGCCUUGGCAAUGGCUCGUCGACCUCAGCCCGUUGAAGUCUCGCGUCUCACUUGUGCCCUAUUGGAACGUCACGGAGAUGUGGUUGGCAGAAAACCUCAACGUGUCAAAGGAGGACACGCUCACUUUGCGCGACGCCAGUCCUUACGACUUCAGGUUUGUGGACUACUCAAACGACAGGCAUCUGGCAAGCGGAAAGUAUCACCAAUCCGUUGAAAUCUCAGGUCUACAAGGGGCUUCGCAACGGCUCAUACGGCUUGGCAGUCUCUUCGGGUCGUCUCGGGUCCAUCUGCGAUCGAAACAAAACGCGAUGCUCCGGCGAGACGUGAGGAAGUCUAUGGCCUUUGCUAGUCCUGCCUUGAUCAAGACCGCCGAUCUGAUACGAGACCAACUUGGCGGGGUCUUCCUGGGUGCUCAUGUUCGCGUGGGCGACGGUCGCUUCCUUCAGGACGCAGAAGAGACGACGCGACAGAUCUGGUGGCGGCUCCUCUACAGGGAAAGCUGCAAACUGCUCGACCCCCCGCUUCUCCUGAUGGAUGGCCCUUCUCUUCGGACUCCUCACCCUCCUCUGGACGACCUUCCGAAGGUCUUUCGACCUCAAGUGCCCUGUCGAAGGAGGCUACACACCUCGCCUUUCUUACAGCCGCUUAAUGUACCCCUUUUUAUUUCCACGGAUGCCAAGUUCCCCACCGACGACUCGCACCUUGCGCCUUUCAUCGACACAUUUCCGUGUGCUUUCUUUCUUUCUGAUUUCGCUCAUGAAGUCGCACAGCUAGAUGUCCUAGUCAACGAAUACGACGGCCUCCAGAUGAAGCCGUUCGUACUUCCGUUCUUAGAUGCUAUGGUCGCUGCCCGUGCGCGCGACGUCGCGAUCACCAACGGAAGUACGUUUAGUUUCUUCAUUCAAGAUGUUCUUUGGCGCUCCCACCAUGGCUGGGAAAUAGUUCAAAGGGGCUGA